UUAUAUAACUCCUAAAUGAGGUCAUGUCAUACAAAGACACCUGGAUGUCGGUUGCUUGUAAUAAUCCAUCAACUUGCUGUCCAUGUAUUAGCCUCUAACUGGAUUUUCCAGAAGAUAUUACUGGUGUCGCUUAUGGUGGCUGCGGCUUCAGCCGCGCCUACAGACACGCGCAGUUUGGAUUACAUCCUGGCAAAUCUGACCUCUUUAUGGGAAGAGGUCAGCCAGUUGAAGAGAGAGGUCAACUUCCAUGUGCACAAUGGAGAUAUGGACCAUGAACAUGACCUCGAUAAGACAUUGGACGAAGUUUCUAUUUUGGCUCAUGAGCAUCACGUCCAUCACCUGAAACAUCCCCAUGAAGGACACAACUCUCACCACAGCGAUGUCUUACUACAACAUCUGGAGACAUCCCACGGGCACGGUGGGCAUGACGACCACGGCGGCCAUGAUGACCACAGUCGCGGUGGACACAGUAGCCAUGGUAGCAGCAGUGGUCAUGGUGGUCGGACCUAUGGCAGUAGCAGUCACGGUUAUGACAGUGGGGAAGAUGAUGAUGACAGUCAUGAAGAUGGGGGUUCUCAUAGCAGAGGUCACGAAAGAACGGAUGGUCUGGUGGAUAACUGCGGAGACAGAGGUAGCAGAGGAGGACCUGGUGGGAUCCAAGCCAAUUGUGGAGACAAAGCGAGAGGUGGUGACUUCUAUCCAGGACCCAGGCCUCCCCACAGGCGUGGAGGUGCUCACGGAGGACCUGGCGGGCAUAGUGGACAUGGCGGGCACAGCGGACAUGGCGGGCACAGUGGGCACAGCGGGCAUGAUACCCAUGACAUGCAUGAUGAUAGUCAUGAGGACGACCACAGCGCCCAUGGACUUGACUUUAAGGCAUUAGGCCACGUCAGAAGUGACGCCCAAUACUACGAGCGUGACCACUACAACCCAGGGGUCAGACCAGGCGACCGGAGAGCCCCGCCCGCGCCGGGCACUUUCGUCGACGACUGGGAACACGCCUACUGCAACAUGAUGCCAAAUUCUGACAUUCCAGAGUCCCAAGUCAGAGGGAAGAUUGAUAUCUCACAGAGGAUUGGCGGGAGAUAUGGCGUCUUCUUUGACAUUGACGUGGACGGACUUGACCUCGCAAGGAAUGGGAACUUAUAUUCUGUACAUGUUCAUGAAAGAGCCGUAGAUGGCCAGAGUUGUGACACAGCUGGCGGCUACAACAGACCCUCAGUAGCAGCUAUCUCAGAUCCUGGGACCUUUGGAGACGAACAUGCAGGCAACUUAGGUACCUUCAAAGCGGAAGCUGACGGAGAAAUAGACCAUGAGAUUUCAGCCAGCAUUGACGUCACCUUCGACGAGAUGAUCGGAAAGGCAAUUGUGGUUCACAGUCAGGAUAAGACUCGCCUCGCUUGCUGCAAUAUAAUCCGAGAUUCUAGGCAUGGAAGGCACUGAAGAGCUCCUUGUAAACAUUAUAGCCCAUACAAUGGAGACACCAAUGUAUAACUUGAUAGCUUUGAUUUGACGUCAGUUUUCAAUCAGAGAAUUGAAAUGAAUAAAGUCUUCAAAAAUAGAA